AUGGCUUCACAAUCCAAAACCGCCUUACCUAUCGUUUUCGGCGCCAUGACCUUUGGUGAUGCCGGGAUUGAAGGUGUUCGUGUGUCUAACCUCAAAGACGCUGGGGCUAUAUUGGAUACUUUCCAAGCCCACGGUCACAGGGAAAUUGACACGGCACGUCUUUAUGGUGCCGGAUCGUCCGAGAAAUUCCUCGGAGAGCUUGACUGGCAAGGCCGUGGGCUGGUCAUGGCUACCAAGGUCUUGCAGACGUCUGGACGGGAUUUGGGCAACAUGGCUAACAAACCUGAGCUCAUCUAUACACUGCAAGGAAAAGACAUUCGCCGUGCUCUCAUGGGCAGCCUUGCCGCACUCGGCGCUACAAAGAUCGAUCUGUGGUAUCUCCACGGUCCGGACCGCAUCACCAACACGCCUCUAGAAGAGACCUUGCGGGAGGUCAAUACUUUACAUAAGGAAGGUUACUUCUCUCGUUUCGGCAUCAGUAACUUCACCUCCUGGGAAGUGGCAAAGAUAUGCGAGAUAUGCAAUGCCAAUGGCUGGGUCCGGCCGGUCGUCUUCCAAGGCCUCUACAACGCCGUCUUCCGCGGGGUUGAGCAAGAACUCUUGCCAUGCCUCCGCCAUUACGGCAUCGCCUUCUACUCGUACCAGCCGCUGGCUGGUGGAUUCCUCACAACGCGAUACAGACGGGGUAUGGCUGAUGAUGAAGAGGAGGCUGGCUCCCGAUUCGACCCUAAGCGGUGGCAAGGAGGAUUGCAUCGUGCCUUGUACUGGCAUAAAGACUACUUCGAUGCGUUGGAGGAUAUCAUUCGGCCCGCGAUUGCAAAACAUGGCUUGACGGAGGCUGAAUGCGCCUUGCGAUGGGUUUCCCACCAUAGUCCCUUGAGCAGAGACCAGGGUGAUACCAUUCUCAUUGGUGCCAGCAGCGUAAAGCAGCUCGAGCAUAAUCUGAUAGACUUGGAAAAAGGGCCCCUCCCAGGCGAUGUGGUAAAGGCGCUGGAUGCUGCCUGGACUAAGGUCAAGGGUGUAGCAAUCCCAUAUCAUCAUUAG